AUGAUAUUUAAUUACUACUAUAAACUAUCAUCUGAUAUAUAUAAUAUUUGUAUUAAAUUAUAUGUAUCAUCAUUGUAUUCUUUAUUUUCAGAUGGGGUUUCUGGUGGCUGGUGUAUUCCUCUAGUAACACCAAGCAGUCUGCUAUUAUCAGCAAGAGGUCGUGUCCGUUUCGCACAGAAUUUCAACGGAACAUCUGUUCCUCCGGCGCAUUUAUCUGGAUACUUGGCUCCCGAAUACAGACCGGGGAAGAAAUGCUCGGAUACAGAGGCGGAGAAGAUGUGGAUCUUUGGUUUGGGCGAAGCUCUGAAGAGAGCGACGCUAACGAGCCACGCAGCCACCUCACGUAUAAGUGGAGAGCUUUGCCAGGUCUUGGUGGACACGACCCGGCCUCAUGCCGCCUCCAGGGCCUCCCUCAUGCAUCUACUCGACGUGAUCUCGGAAUACUGCAGACGCAGGCAGCAGAACCGGCCGUUCUCUCACAUAAUCAUGGAUCUUCAUCAGGAAGCGCUGGCCUCGCUGGAGGAGGCGGCUUGGGGUCCGCCGGCGAUGCCAGAACUUCGACCUCUAACCAGAAACAGUUCGGAUCUGAAUAAUACAGGAGCCCCCAGACGAUGGAUGAACUUGCGAUCACCCACUGCCCACAAACUGACUCGAGAAGCAAGCACCAGCAUGGAGAACCUCUCGAGCCCCGCCGCAUGCACAACCAUCGUGAAACAGAGGCCGAAAUCUGUUUGCGUUCCCGACGGAUUACCGUUCGAUUUCCAGGACCCCAGUUUCAAUUUGCCGACACCUACUAAAUAUGGAAAGGGGGGGCUUGGAAGGAGGCCGAGGAUGCGACGGAAUCCGGUCCAAAGGGCCGCUUCGAGACUGUACAGGGCCGAAGCUCCGAAGAUCCAGAGCAACUCAAGGGAUUGCGUGGGGCCCGAGUUCGUGGUGCGAGCAGCUCUACCCAAGAAGGAGUUCGUAAUGGAUGAUAUAAAGGGUAGUUGCCGAAGGAGCGUCACUGUGAUACUAUUGAACGGGCAAAAGGUCGACGUCGUUUGUAACCCAAAUACAACGACGGCCGGUCAAUUGUUCGAGUUUGUAAUUCAAAAGGAGCACAUCGAAGAAAACUUCAUGCUUGGUCUGUCCGCUCUGAUGGCAGGCGACUUUGUGUUCCUGCCAUCGGACACGAGACUUUGCAAAGUAGCAACGAUCAACUCGACGACGGCUUCAAUGACCCUCUUCAUGCGAGUGCGAUUCUUCCUGCCGAGCUUGAGGGGAGUACGGGGAUCUCAGGCGAGACAUCUGUUGUACUUGCAAUUGAGGCGUUCGAUCCUCGAACAUCAAUUGCCCUGCACCUACGAUCAGCUCGUCGAACUGAAUGGCCUCGCCCUGCAGGCGGAAUUCGGUGAUUACAACGAAAGAGAACACGGCGCCAGGGAUUACUUCCUGUUGGAACAUUACGCACCGGAAACUGUUUGCGCCGACGAUGAUGGUUAUUUACGCCGAGAGCUAAUCAAAGCCCAUCGCUUCAAAUAUGGAUUGGAUGCUGAUAAAGCGGAAGAGGAUUUCAUUAUACUCGCGCAGAACUUACCACACUACGGAGGACACUUUUACACCGCCAUUUGGGUCCUUAAAGACGGCACACACCGAGACGUGUGGUUGUAUGUGAGCGCCCAAGGGAUCAACUUAUACGAGAGACAGCUCUUGCGCAAUUCCCAGCGCGGUCCGGUCCUUCAGGACAAGUUCGAGUGGAAGACAAUACAAACUUUGUGCUACAGUAAACAUUAUUUAUGCAUACUGCCACACGCCGCAAAGAUGCACCGAUCUCAACUGAAAAAAUACAAACUAAAGAUGGACCACAAAAAGAGUUAUUUCACGUUUCGUUUGGCUUCGUUACAUCAUCAGUUCUUCUUGCGCCUUCGGACUGAGUUCACCAGUCUGAACACACUUUCGCAGCAGUUCGGAGUUGCCCUGAAAGACAUGAAAAACGAGACCAAUUCGCUGUACAAGCUUGAAACACUAACAGGUGGUACCAUGCCUGAAUUUCGGGUGGAGUUCCGUGAGUCUAACUCGAAUUCUAGUUGCGAUACUAGAGAGAUGACGCAGAUGAGACGAUCAAAAAGCGUCAGCGAUUUCGAGGGUAUAGAAGAGUGCCAGAAUAAGGAGAACGAAAACCCGGUGGGAAAGGAUACUUUAGCGAAAAGACGAGGGGUUAAGAUGGGAGUCAGGGCCUUUGGUAAUAACAGAGUGUGCAGAUCUAUGGAAGCCGUGAAUGUAAUAGAAGAUUCCGAGCAGAAUUCGCUACAGUCGGUUUCGAUUCAUUGUAGUUCCACUUCAAUCACUCCGGAUAAAGUGUGCAUUUUAGAAUCCAGCAAUCAGUUUCUCCCGAACUUUCAAGAGACAUUGAGCGAUACUUUAAUGGAGAAGUUGAAUUGCAUAUCGUUCGCCGAUGAGAGGUUGCUGAGGUCCGUUUCGAUUGAGAAGGAUUGCCGAGGGAGUUUGGGAAUGCAAAUCACGGAAGGAUCUGAUGGAAAAGUUUACGUGCAGUCGGUUUUGUUAGGGGGGCCGUCGUAUAUGGCUGGUUGCAUACAAUCAGGGGAUCAAAUCGUUGCCGUGGACGGCAAGAACUUGCUCAGUUUGAAGUACGAUGAUGCGCUGGCCCUUCUGAAGACCACAGGGAAAAGAGUCGAAUUCAUCUUGUCACAAUUGCCGAAGAGCAAGGUCGAUUUGAGAGAGCUGAACGAAACGCACGUGAAGAGCGUGCGUCUUGAAAGAACGAUGGAGAAACUGAAGAGAUUAUCAUGCGGGGAGAAGCAUCUCACGGAGAGCUGCUAUGAUGCGUUUAAUCACCAGAAACACGAUGUUCCAUACCAGAAGCACAUUAGGUACAGCGAAAGCGAAAGCAAGUCUUGCUCGGACAUCAACAGAGCUGUGAUCGUCGACAUGAUUCCGAAGAAGGUGGACGAAGAGGAGGCAAUUGCCAUCGCGUUACCGAGGAGUUUGGGUUUGAGCAGGAAGUGGAGGGGUCCCGUCAAAUAUCCCGUGACUCCCAUCAAGAGUGCGGUUGAAGAUUGCGUUCAGAGCCUGUCAGAUGACGAGCAGGUUUUCAUUUAAUUUAUAGAAAAAUAAA